AUGAAUUCUCAAACUGAAAUUGGUGGUAGUGGCUCUGGUGAAAAAGAAGAACCACCACUAUGGAAUUAUGUAACUAAACUGGAGAAGCUAGGAGCAACAGGAGGAACAUGGAGAUUUAAGUGCAGUUUUUGUGAUGAGAUUCGACAAGGAUCAUAUUCUAGAGUCAAAGCGCAUUUACUUGCACUGAAAGGGCAGGGGAUUUCGAUCUGUAGAAGACCAACAAUGUCUGACAAGCUUGAAAUGCAGAAGCUGGAAAAUGAAUUUGAGCUGAAGAAAUCUGAGUCGGGACGUAGAGCAGUUCCAUUACCGUGUGAAUCUCUUUCUAAGAAGAGGAAAUCUUGUAUUUCACCAAUCGUUGCAUCAUUUGGUAUUCAAGCUAGAGAUCAGUUGGAUCAAGAAAUUGCAAGGAUGUUUUUUACAGGAGGUGUGCCAUUCAAUCUUGCAAGAAAUCCUAGCUAUCAUCGGUCUUAUCAGUUUGCUGCUGCUAGCAAACUUGAUGGGUAUGUGCCUCCAAGUUAUAAUAAACUCCGAACAACUUUAUUGCAGCAAGAGAAGAACAAUGUUGAGAAGUUGUUAGUGCCACUGAAAUCGACAUGGAAGGAAAAAGGGGUGACAAUUGUGAGUGAUGGUUGGAGCGAUCCUGAAGAAGUUAUUCAUCAAGUGGGUGAUCAAAAUGUUGUACAAGUCAUCACUGAUAAUGCUCCAAAUUGUAAGGCGGCUGGAGACCUUAUUGAGGGGAGGUUUCCUCACAUCUAUUGGACACCAUGUGUUGUUCAUACUCUCAAUCUCGCUCUGAAAAAUAUUUGUGCAGCAAGGAAUGUGGAAGCAAAUCAAGAAACAUAUGAGCAGUGUAAUUGGAUUACUGAAAUUCAUGGAGAUGCCCUUGCAAUAAAAAACUUCAUCAUGAACCACAGCAUGAGACUAGCAAUUUUUGGUAAGUUCUGUCCGCUGAGAUUACUUAAGGUUGCUGAUACACGGUUUGCCUCAAUCAUUGUGAUGCUUAAGAGAUUGAAUCUUAUCAAAAGGGGUCUUCAAGCCAUGGUUAUAAGUGAAGAAUGGUCUACUUACAGAGAUGAUGACAUUGGGAAAGCAAGCUUUGUUAAAGAGAAGAUUGUAGAUGAUGACCGGUGGGAAAAGGUGAAAGCUGAGAUUUACAAGAGAGAAAAGCGUUCAAUGUCUGAAUUCAGUCCCUUCUACAAUGUUGUUUAUGAAAUUUUGGUGGCUCGCUGGACAAAGAAUAACACUCCCCUACAUUGUCUAGCUCAUUCUUUAAAUCCAAGAUUUUAUAGUGAUGAUUGGCUGAAUGAAGAUUUGGCAAGAAAAGGUCCACAUAGGGAUGCAGAAAUUUCACAUGAAAGGAUAAAGUGCUUUCGAAGAUUGUUUCUAAGCAAUGAGGAUCACAUGAAAGUUAUGCAGGAGUAUGCAUUGUUCUCGAUGAAGAGUGGUCCUUUUGAAGAUUUAACAUCCAUUUCAAUGAUGUCUACUAUGGAUCCCAAAAGUUGGUGGGCUAACUUUGGUGCUCAAACUCCUCUACUCCAAACUUUGGCUUUUAAGUUACUUGGACAGCCUAGUUCAUCUUCAUGUGCUGAGCGUAAUUGGAGUACAUACUCCUUCAUUCAUUCACUAAGAAGAAACAGGUUAAAUCCUAGUCACGCUCAAGACUUGGUUUUCAUCCACAACAACCUAAGACUUCUAUCAAGGAAUUUUGAUCAAUAUGAAGCUGAAAAGACCAAGAUGUGGGACGUUGGUGGAGAUGGAUUUGAUUCUAUGGAAGAUGUAGGAUUCUUGGAGUUUGCUGACCUUUCACUAGAUGAACCGGAUUUCGAAAAUGAGCUACUAGAUGAUUAG